AUGUCUGAUAAAAUAACGUUUGGUGUUAAUGGACAAAAGUAUUCAGUGGGUUCGGAGGUGGAUUCGGAUGUAUCUCUGAAUGACUAUCUCCGCGAGACCUUGAACCUGCGCGGCACCAAGUACAUGUGCAAGGAGGGCGGCUGCGGCGCCUGCAUUGUCGCCGUGCAAGCACUCGACGAACACGGAUUGCUACGCACCUUCUCUGUUAAUUCGUGCCUCGUAUCAAUCACAUCAUGUCAAGAUUGGGAGGUGACAACGAUAGAGGGUGUAGGAGACAGAGGACGCGGUUACCAUCCAAUACAGAGGACUUUAGCCGAGUACGACGGCACUCAGUGUGGAUACUGCUCCCCAGGAUGGGUUAUGAGUAUGUACAGCUUAUUAGAAUCCAGCCACCAUGAUAUAACCCAACAUGAAAUAGAGAAUUCAUUUGGAAGCAAUACGUGCAGAUGUACCGGUUAUAGGCCUAUACUAGAUGCAUUCAAAAGCUUCGCUAAAGAUGCUCCAAAACCUAAAUUAGAGGAUAUCGAAGAUUUAAAACCUUGUAAAAAUAAAGACAACUGUGGACAUACGUGCGAGAAGAGUUGGUGUUUUGUGAACGCUAAUGAUACAGGCAACACAAUAAAAAAAAUCUAUUUAAAAGAUGACCGAAUUUGGUAUAGAAUCACCCAAGUACACGAUAUAUUUAAUAUAUUAGAUACUGAAGGAUACGAUUCUUACAUGUUAGUAAAUGGUAACACCGGCAGAGGUGUAGCUCCAAUAUUUUCAUUUCCAAGAGUACUUAUAGAUAUAAGUCCUGUGAAAGAAUUGAAAGGUCAUUAUAUUGAUCAGAAUUUGGUUGUUGGAGCAGGUACAACUCUGACAGAUCUGAUGGACAUUUUCAAAACUGUUUCACAUCAACAAGUGGAGUUUGCCUACUUACAGAAACUAUAUGAACAUUUAGAUCUAGUGGCUCAUAUUCCUGUUAGAAACAUUGGUACAAUAGCUGGUAAUUUGAUGAUAAAAAAUAGAUUGCUGACCUUUUCUUCGGAUAUUUUCUUAUUGCUUGAGACCAUAGGAGCCAUCUUGACAAUAGUUGAGAAAACCACAGUUCAUAAUGUAACGUUGGAAGACUUUACAUUAAUAGAUAUGACUGGAAAAGUCAUAACAUCAAUCAGUAUACCACCGUUAUCUGGUAAUUACGAAUUUGUUUCAUUCAAGAUAAUGCCACGAUCCCAAAACGCCCAUGCUUCAGUGAACGCUGGAUUUCUAUACAAAUUCGACCCACACGACAAAGAAACAAUUUUAUCCGCCAGCAUUGUCAUUGGAGGAUUAUCCGCACAUUUUGUUCAUGCUCGAGCAACUGAAACAUUUUUAAUCAUGAAGAAAAUAUUUAACAACUCCAUACUGCAACAAGCACUUCACGUAUUAAAUGAUGAAUUAAUAGUAGACGAAAUUGCAGGAGAGCUAUCUCCUGAAUACAGAAGAAAGACUGCUCUUGGUCUUUUCUACAAGGGUUUGCUGAAUUUAAUACCUGAGAAAAAACUGAAACCUUGGUAUCGAUCAGGUGCUAGAGAUUUUAGAAAAACUAGACCUUUGUCCAAAGGAACCACAGUAUUUGAUACUAAUCCAAUAAUAUGGCCUAUUACUGAACCAAUGCCUAAACUGGAUGCUCUAGUGCAAACUUCGGGUGAAGCAAAGUAUGUUAAUGAUAUACCAAAAGAUCCAAGGGAAAUAUUUUGUGCAUUUGUUACAUCUGAUAUUUGCACCGGUGAAAUUGAAAGUAUUGACCCCACUCCAGCAUUGAAAUUACCUGGAGUAUUAGCAUUUUUCUCUGCCAAAGAUAUUACGGGAAAUAAUAAUUUCGUAUCUCAAAGAGUGCUGGGUCAAAUGGCACCGGAAGAGAUUUUUGCCGAAAAAGAAGUAAAAUAUUAUGACCAAGCUAUAGGUGUUAUAGUGGCUGAAACUGAAAAGCUUGCAAAUAGAGCAGCUCUACUAGUUCGAAUUAAAUAUAAAGUCGACAAAAGAAAACCAAUUUUAACAAUAUCGGAGGCACGAAAACGAAAUCCUAGUCGUGUUUCACUUUAUAUCAUAAUUCCUGCGCGAGACAGAGGCUUAGAUGUUCAUAGAAUUAUCAAAGGGUCCCAAGAUAUAUCAUGGCAGUACCAUUAUCCUAUGGAGACCUUAUCUAGCAUUUCUAUUCCUAGCGAAGAUGGCAUCGACAUAUAUCCAUGUUCUCAAUGGACUGAUUCAGUACAUGUUUCAGUUGCGGAUGCUUUGCAUAUUAAACAGAAUCGAAUAAAUGUGACUGUACCAAGGUGCGGUGGCGCAUACGGUCUGAAAAUAAAUCGCACCAAUCACGUGGCUUGUGUAGGUGCACUUGUCACUUACCUGAUGAAUAGACCUUCAAGAUUUGUGCUGACCAUACAGGCUAGUUUGAGAGUUAUAGGGAAGCGUCUACCGUGCAAGUCUGAAUAUGAGUUGGGGGUCAACAAUUCUGGUGAAAUACAAUAUUUUGAAUAUCACAUCUAUGAAGAUAAUGGAUAUGUGUUCGCCGAUCAAGUUUCGCAAUUCGUUACAACCGCUUUGAAAAACUGCUACAACAAUACAAGAUGGGAACAUAAGAUAUUUAAUGUAACAACGGAUACAGCAUCCAAUACUUACGCUAGAGCACCAGGAAGUUUAGAAGGUAUAUCAAUGACAGAGUAUGUGAUGGAGCGAAUUGCAUAUGAAAUAAAUAUGGAUCCAGUACGUGUUCGUCUAAACAAUCUCAAUUCACAAUAUCCGGAUGUUGCUGAAAUGGUACAAACUGUACUCAAGGAUGGCGAAUAUGACAAACGGAAAGAAGAAGUAAAAAAGUUCAAUGAAAUGAAUAGGUGGAAGAAACGCGGUCUGAGAGUCGCCAUGAUGAGUUACCCCAUAUCCAUUCAAAUGGAUUACCACAUACUAUUAUCAGUCUAUCAUGCUGAUGGUACCAUUGCAAUUAAACAUGGUGGCAUAGAAAUAGGCCAGGGUAUGAAUACAAAGAUAAUACAAGUUGUUGCAUAUACUCUAAAUAUCUCAAUAGACAAAGUAAAGGUUAAACCUGCCGAUGUUGCGUCAGUUCCUAAUAAUUAUACCACAGGAGGGAGUCGGACAAGUCAAUUAAUUGUCUUUGGAGCUAUCAAGUGUUGUCAAAUAAUAUUAGAUCGAUUAUCUGUAGUUAGAGAGUCUUUGAAUAAUCCGACAUGGGAACUGUUGGUAGAGACUGCUUAUAACCAAGGGAUUAAUUUGCAAGCAAGUUAUCAUGUGAACGGUAAUGAUCACCAACCAUAUAGAGUUGGAGGUGUCGCCUUAACUGAAGUAGAAUUAGAUAUAUUGACUGGAGAACAUGAAAUCCUAAGAGUAGAUAUAGUUCAAGAUAUUGGCACCAGUGUGAAUCCUGAACUUGACAUUGGACAGAUCGAGGGCGCUUUUGUGAUGGGUAUUGGAUACUGGACUCAUGAACAUAUGAUAUAUGAUGAAAACACUGGAGAGCUACUUACAGACCGGACUUGGUACUAUAAAGUGCCGCUAGCAAAAGACAUUCCAUUAGAUUUAAGAGUACAAGUGCGGCGGAAUUCAUAUAACCCGAUUGGUGUUUUAGGGUCUAAAGGGGUAUCUGAACCGCCUAUAUGUUUAGCAAUCAGCGUUGCGUUUGCUUUAAGGGAGGCUAUAGCGGCAGCACGUGAGGAUUCAGGUCACCACAAAACAGAGUGGUUUGAUGUUGAUGGGCCCUAUACAUUGGAGAAGAAUGUUUUGAAAUCAGAUGCUCGUCUCGAAGAGUUUUUAUUUACAUAAAUGAAUAUUUUAUAAUUUACUA